UGAUUGUCAGAUUACAGUGUGCGUGUGCCUGGCCCACGCUAGUGUGCGGAAGAGAAAGAAGGAGCAUGCUCGAGUGUCGGUGUUGGGUCGGGCGGGUCCAUAUCCGGGUGGACUGGGUGGGUGGGGUUGCCCCUCCCUCCAGGUCCCGAGGUGGUUUGAGGUUGUGGAGUGACGUGCGGAGAUUCCCAUCUCGCACCUCCACACCCGUGAGAGGGCGGCACAGGGAACUAGAGAGUUGACCCGGCGUGCAUUUAGGGCGUUUCCACCAGUGGAUCUGCGCUUGGGAGUGCCCCUCGCCCUCCGGUUUGAGCGGCCGCAAGGAUCCGAAUAAAGAAGAGCAGGAACCCGAGCUGGGCGCGCGGAGCUGGCCACCCGCUCCGAACUUGCCGGGCAAACUAGUGCGGAGGGAGGGGCCGUGAUUGUGGCCUGGGCCGUGGCUGGAGGAGGGGCGGCUGCAGCUACUUCCAGCCCCCUUGGCUUCCUUCCCAGCUCUCUCCUUCACCUCCUCCUCCUCUUCCUCUUGUAUGAGUCAGGCAUUUCCCCGGGAUUUAGAGCACCCGCGCGCGUCCCGAGCGUCCGGAGCUGUAGCAGCAGCUCAUCCAGCAGCUGCUGCAGCAGCCACCACCGCGCUACAAGCCUUAGCGCCCGGCCGCCAGCGCGGCUCGCACCCGCUCCCCGGGUGCGCACGGAUCAUGGAGAAGACAACCCAGAGCGCAGAUAUCAGCGGCGGGGCGGGCAGCAAUAGCAGCAGUCGAAGCAGCAGCCGUGCCACCUCGGCUGGCUCCUCGCCCUCCUGUUCCCUGGCGAGCAGGGGGGUCUCCAGCCGGUCAUUGGCGACUGGACUUGGCGGCGGAGGGAGCCGCAGCAGUCCGGGCUCGGUGGCAGCUAGCCCGUCCGGUGGAGGGGGCCGCAGGAGGGAGCCGGCACUCGAGGGCGUGCUCAGCAAAUACACCAACCUCCUCCAGGGCUGGCAGAACAGGUACUUUGUGCUGGAUUUUGAGGCUGGCAUCCUGCAGUAUUUUGUGAAUGAGCAAAGCAAACACCAGAAGCCGAGGGGAGCCCUAUCAUUAGCUGGAGCCAUUGUGUCCCUGAGUGACGAAGCUCCUCACAUGCUGGUCGUGUACUCUGCUAAUGGAGAGAUGUAUAAACUGAGAGCUGCUGAUGGAAAAGAGAAGCAGUAUUGGGUGACUCAGCUUCGCGCUUGUGCCAAAUUCCACAUGGAAAUGAAUUCUAAGAGUACUCCAAGCUCCCGAAGCCGAAGUCUCACUUUGCUCCCCCAUGGAACACCCAAUUCUGCAUCUCCCUGUAGCCAGAGACACCUCAUUGUGGGGGCCCCCGGUGUUGUCACAAUCACGCAUCACAAGUCGCCUGCAGCUGCCCGAAGAGCCAAGAGUCAGAUUUCCGGCCAACUUCACGAAGUCAGAGAGAUGAUGAACCAGGUAGAAGGACAGCAGAAGAAUCUUGUGCAUGCCAUUGAGUCCCUCCCAGGUUCUGGUCCCCUCACUGCCUUGGACCAGGAUCUACUGCUCCUGAAAGCUACCUCUGCUGCCACCCUCAGUUGCCUUGGGGAAUGCCUCAACUUACUACAGCAGAGUGUGCACCAGGUGGGCCAGCCCAGCCACAGGCCAGGGGCCUCCGAAAACAUCCUGGGAUGGCACAGGCCCAAGUCACAUUCCACAGAGCAGCUGAAAAACGGGACACUUGGCUCUUUGCCAUCAUCAGCUAGUACCAACAGAACCUGGGCAGUGUUACCCAACUCCGCUGAAGACCACCAAGCCUUACAGUCAGAGCCCGAGCCAAAUUCAGGUCCUGAACUCGUUUUAUCCGAAGAUGAAAAAAGCGACACUGAAGAUAAGGAAGAGACAGAACUUGGUGUCAUGGAGGAGCAACGUAGUAUAAUUCUUCAUCUCAUUUCACAACUCAAACUUGGAAUGGAUUUGACCAAGGUGGUGCUUCCCACAUUUAUUCUGGAGAAGCGAUCCUUGCUGGAGAUGUAUGCAGAUUUUCUGGCACACCCAGACCUGCUGCUGGCCAUAACUGCUGGAGCCACACCCGAGGAGAGAGUCAUUUGCUUUGUGGAGUAUUAUCUCACAGCCUUCCAUGAGGGCCGCAAGGGGGCCCUGGCUAAGAAGCCCUAUAAUCCCAUCAUCGGUGAGACAUUUCACUGCUCCUGGGAGGUUCCCAAGGAGAAGAUCAAGUCAAGGAGGACUGCUCCCCCAUCUCCUGCUGGUUGUCAUGACAACGCAAUGGCUGAUGACCCUUCAAAAAGCUACAAACUAAGGUUUGUGGCUGAACAAGUGUCCCAUCAUCCACCCAUCUCAUGCUUCUACUGUGAGUGCAAGGAGAAGAGAUUGUGCGUCAACACUCACGUAUGGACCAAAAGCAAGUUCAUGGGCAUGUCCGUAGGGGUCUCUAUGAUAGGGGAAGGUGUGCUGAGGCUGCUGGAACAUGGAGAGGAGUACGUGUUCACCCUGCCUAGUGCCUACGCACGGUCCAUUCUCACCAUCCCAUGGGUGGAGCUUGGAGGAAAAGUCAGCAUCAACUGUGCCAAGACCGGAUACUCAGCAUCGGUGAUCUUCCAUACGAAGCCUUUUUAUGGAGGAAAAGUCCACAGGGUAACCGCAGAAGUGAAGCACAAUCCAACCAACACCAUUGUUUGUAAAGCUCACGGGGAGUGGAAUGGUACCUUGGAGUUCACCUACAGCAAUGGAGAAACCAAAGUCAUUGACACAACCACACUGCCAGUGUACCCUAAGAAGAUCAGACCUCUGGAAAAGCAGGGGCCCAUGGAGUCCAGAAACCUCUGGCGGGAGGUGACCCGAUACCUGCGUCUGGGGGACAUUGAUGCUGCCACUGAGCAGAAACGGCACCUUGAGGAGAAGCAGCGGGUGGAGGAACGGAAGCGGGAAAAUCUCAGCACACCAUGGCAGCCCAAAUAUUUUGUCCAGGAGGGUGAUGGCUGGGUCUACAUCAAUCCCCUCUGGAAGGCACACUGA